AUGGACUCAUCCCAGCUCCUCUGCAGCGUCUCGCUCAUCCUCCUGGUCAGACCCGCUGUCUCGCAGCCAGUGGAAGGCAAGAAGCCCAUGGUGAUGGAAGAACAAGAGCCGGGUACCAGCAUCAGGGACCUGCUCUGGGCACUCCUAGAGACGCACAUGCCAAAGGGACCUUCCCUGCACGUCCAGGAUGACCCUAGAAACCUGCUGCCCUACGCCUCCCCCGGGCCGGCCAAGCGCCGUCAGAAACGGAGGCCGCUGGCCGGCAGCCGCUUGUGGGAGCACCCAGAGGGGCAGGAGUGCCGGCUGCGGAGUUUGCUCCUGCGCGUCAAGGACCUGGCCCUGGGCUACGACUCUGAGGAGACCAUCCUGUUCAAGUAUUGCAGCGGGAGCUGCCCCAAGGCCCGCACCAACCACGACCUGACGCUCUCCAUGCUGCUCCAGAAGAGUGAGAUCCCGGCCCUGGGCGAGGAGAAGAUCGUUGGCGACCCCUGCUGCCGGCCAACGCACUACGAGGACGUGGCCUUCCUGGACAACAGCCACCAGUGGCACGAGGUGGAAAAGCUCUCGGCUUCUGCCUGCUCCUGCGUGGGCUGAUGUUGCUGGCGGGAGGGUGAGUCAGCAAGGUGCGCGUAGCUCCAAUGUUAAAGCAGUCUGUGUUUCUUCCUCCCACACCCUAGAACCCAAAGCCUGAGAGAAGACCAAUCUCCACCCCACAGAUCCCACAGGACAGGGGCCGUGACUUUUGCCCCUUGAAGGGCUCCCUCUAGGGGUGAGAGAAGGGAAC